AGCAGUUUGAGGAGGCAUUCUCAUACUGAAGCACCCAUGACGCUUAUAAUGGAAGUUUCAAGUAUCACGCUCAUUGUUGCUGUUCUUUGGACGUCACCUUUGACAGUUUCAAGUCAAGUGUGGACGAUCGGUCCAGGGGUGCCAUGUUUACAUACGUGUCAAACUAUUUUCCCUCUUUAUCAGUGCCGUUCAAUCAGCACCCCCGUCACACAGAACGCGGUGUGUUCACUGGUCGAGGAUUCACGAGGCUGUUGCGCAGUCUGCGUUACAGGUUUGAUUGACGUAUCAUCCAAUAUUCAGAAUACCCUCCCGUCUGUAACCGGUGCCAUUACCGGAAUUACGGUAUUUGAUACCACCGAACAAGGCCUUAUCAAUCAAGUACUUGCUGACUUAGUGGGUAUCGAGCAGUUUGGAAACAUGGCAAAUAUACUUAAUAAUGAAGACGACCUAAUUGGUCCGAAUAUUUGUACUUGGGGCCAAACCUUUGCGACAAAAUUGUGGCGUAUUAAGGACAACAUAGAGCGUUUCCUCGGUUUAGUUGAUGAUCGAGGUGGGAUAGUUGGAGAAAAUGAAAGAGAGGCAUUACAAACUGUAAUAGAUUUGGUCCAUUGGUUUAAACAGUGCUUUUUACCAAGACUGCUUGAACUCAGUGGCUUGGAGUGUUUCAAAGACGAUUUGGGUUGCGAUGGACGUCCAUUCUGUAAAUCCGACUGCAGAUGUUCGGAAUGUAGGGAUGACAACGACUGUAACGAACCAAGCAGGCCAAACUGCAGAAACAAUCUAGCAGGGAUAAUGAUAUGCGGGGAUCCUCACAUAUCUCAGACCAUUAAAGGCGCCGACCAUCGAAGACUUUGCUACGACUUUGUGGGAAAACCCGGUUCAGCGUAUCUGUUCUUCAGAGAUCACGAGAUAGAUAUCAAAACAACGUUCAUCGAGAAUGAGGAUGCCAUCCACGAGUCUUUCGUCGACUACAUAGGGCACAUUAAUGUAACAAGAAAGGGCAUCGACAUAUCAAUUUCACCAGAUGAGGUAAUCCUGAGAACAUCAGAAUGUGAAACAAUUUACCCUUGGAAAGAAGAUACUGUUAAGCUCGAAGGCGAACUAAUGAUGAUCGGAAAGAAACAAAUCCAUGUUUACUUCAACAAUGACACGGUUGAGCUUGUUGUCACUCGUAAAGGACGCGCUAAAGGAACUACUUUCUUGAAUUUUGGUGUCACGGAAAAAACAGGCCAAUCUAUUUACGCCGGUGGAGUUAUGGGAUGGAUUGGUAACGAGGCUGUUUACAAGGAUGAAGGCCCUCAUUCUGGUUACAUAACAUUGGGAGAAGUCACGAUUCCUGUUUACGAUAAUAAAGACGGCUGUUUGAGAAUAGAUGAAGCGUAUCUGGACAAGUUCAGCUCUAUUCUUCAUUUGUUCGAAAUGGACUAA